AUGGGAAAGGCCACAGGAAAAGGGAAAUUGCUCCAGGACUUCCUAGUGCACCUGGGACUGGAGAGACACCAAAGCACAAAGCUCGAGCUGAACGACAUCCUGGCAAUUAACCCGGAGACAUUAAAAGAGAGCAACCCUCGGACGUUAGGGGAGAUCCCGUGGCAUUUCCUCAGGAAGGUCAUGGCUCUGAACGGGCUGGCCAGACGCACAAGGCUGGUACCCUCUGCCCCAGGUGAGCAUGGGAUCAGCAAGCAUGAGGAGGAACCCUUUGCCAUUAUUCCUCCUAGAAGCCCAGCCCCCAGCAUGUGUGUGAACCCCCUGGAUGUGCUCUGCGCCGUUCUGUGCUGCUCAGACACGUUCCUGCGGCAGGAGAUCCUGCUGAAGAUGUCCAUGUGCCAAUUCGCCCUCCCGCUGCUGCUGCCUGCCCUGGACACCCCCACGUGCACGCUCCUGCUGUGGGCCAUGCGGGACAUCGUGAGGAACUGGAGGCCGCUCUCCCUGCGAGAGAGCCGGGGGUUCAGGGAGGAGAACCUGGUGCUCACGUCAGUGCCAACCUUUUCCUUCGUGAGGCUGGGGAGAUGCAGCUUGUCCAAGUCCAAAAUCCUUAACAAGGUCCUCAGCCCCCCCCAGCAGCAGCACGAUUUCUUCAUCCAUCGGGACAUGGAGUCUGGGAACGUCCCUCGGGACAUCGCAGAGGGGUUGGUAGAGAUCUCCUGGUAUUUCCCCGGGGGGAGGGAGAGUUCGGAUCCUUUCCAGGAGCCCAUUGCGGUUAUUAACCUGCGAGGAGACAUUGAGUCCCACCGGCUGCAGUUCAGCUUCCUGGCAGAGGUCUCCUCAGCUGUGUUCAUAUUCGCUGAACACAUCAGUGAGAGAAAAUACGAACUCCUAUCAUCACUGCAGGACUCAAGGACAAAAUUCUACCUCAUACUCAACCCCAGAAGUACUAUAACCAGUAAAACACAGGGAUUCCUCAAUGAACUGGCCCCGCUGCUCAAGCUGACCCAGUCCCACGUGCUUGUGAAGGAUAACACUGCGAACGAUUCAGACUUUGUGACAAGGCUGCAGGACACCUUAGCACACCUGAUGAAGCAGCCCCUGAGAGCAGUGAGUGUAGAGGACAUGGCUGUGACAGCGCGUGAACUAGGAAUCCAGGUAGACGAGAACUGCGAGGAAUGUGCGGAAGCGAGAAAGAGAGCAGACGAAAUCACUGGGGAAAUAGGGGACGUUGUCGAGUACAAGGGCAGAGCACUGACGCUCCAAGGGGUCCCAUGUAAAUGCCUGGCUGAAGUCGAAAGAGAACUCUGUCAAUUGAAGCAGCAAGGGAAAACCCCCACAGAGAUCUAUAAAUCUCAGAUGAGGCAGCAAUUGCUGGCGUUACGGACCCAGCAGCAUGGGUGUGAUCUCACGGGCGGGAUGGGGACAUUUAAGGCAUCACUAGAACAGCUGUCUCCAGUGGAAACACACUACUUCCUGAAAUGGAUGAAAUUCAGACUGGAUCACAUUGCUAGGGCGAAUCUUUCCAAACUGCGGGCUGAAUAUAAGGAGACAUACAGGACACCAGGCCAUAGCCCCGAGCAGCUAGCAAAGCUAGAUGAAUUAAUUGCAGCCAGUUCCUUAGGGGUGGAGCAUUUCAUGCGGGAGUUGGGGCAGUUUUAUGAGGCUGAACUGUCAGUGUGUAAGGACAGCGAAAUAGCCCAAAGCCAACGGCGAUUUGCCCAUCUCCCAGGCAUAGCCGCUGACCUGAUGCUGAGCGGAUUUGCUCUAGAGAUCAUCAACGGAGACGCAUCCCAUGUCCCGCUGCAGUGGGUGACAGGUGUUCUCACCGAGCUACAUGCCAAGCUGGGGGGAAGGUCCAGAUUGCUGGUUCUGUCAGUGCUGGGCGUGCAGAGCACCGGCAAAUCCACCCUGCUGAACUCCAUGUUCGGCCUGCAGCUGGCAGUGAGCAGUGGCCGAUGUACGCGAGGAGCCUUCAUGAUGCUCAUUAAAGUUGCAGAGAAGUUUCAGCAGGAGCUUGGCUGCGACUUUAUCCUGGUGAUAGAUGCAGAAGGCUUGAGAGCCCCUCAGCUGGCCAAACUGGAGGACAGCUAUGAACAUGACAAUGAGUUGGCCACACUGGUGAUUGGGUUAAGCGACAUAACGAUCGUUAACAUGGCCAUGGAGAACACCAGCGAAAUGAAGGACAUUCUGCAAAUCGUGGUCCACGCCUUUCUCAGGAUGAAGGAAAUCGGGCACAAACCCAACUGCCAGUUUGUGCAUCAGAACGUGAGUGACGUGUCUGCCCACGAACAAAACAUGAGGGACAGGAAUCAUUUCCUGGAACAUCUCAAUGAAAUGACCAAAGCUGCAGCGAGGAUGGAAAAAUUAAACAGGGAUCUGACUUUUUCUGAUAUUAUGAAGUAUGAUCCGGAAACACACAACUGGUACAUCCCUGGGCUGUGGCAGGGAGUCCCGCCCAUGGCUCCAGUGAGCCUGGGGUACAGUGAGAGUGUUUCUGAGCUGAAGAAAUACUUGCUUGACUUUAUGAGAAGCUGGACACCUAACAGAAACCCCAGGGACAUCCCCCAGUUCACCAAGUGGGUGAAGAAUCUGUGGAACGCUGUGAAACACGAGAACUUCAUCUUCAGCUUCAGAAACAGCCUGGUAGCCGAGGCCUAUAACCAGCUGUGUCUGAGGUAUUUGGAGUGGGAGUGGAAGCUCCGCAAGGAGAUGCAUCUCUGGGUAUGUGACAAAGAAACUGCAAUUCAGAACCAGCCACCCCAUGAACUACCUGAUGCUGGGAACUUAAAACAGGAGGCACAGGAAAAAGUGCAGAAAGGGGAGGAGAAGAUUGUGAAGUGUUUACAGAGAUACUUUGAAAGUGGCGCUAGAAACCAACACCUGAUAGAAAAGUACAGAGAAGAUUUUAUCAGAAGCACAAAGAGCCUGACGACAGAACUUGAACAUUACUCAGCCAGCAAGUGUGAAGAUGCGAUUCUUAUUACAAAAAUCAGGCAUAAGAUAGACAAUAUCCAGGCUGAGUACAUGAGAAUGACGGAAAAGAAAGUCAUCAGCCUUCUGGAAGAUUGCAAGAGGAGAAAACUCAAACUGGACAAGAAGGAACUGGAAGUAGAAUUUGAAACGAUGUGGAAGGAAGCAGUGUCUGAGUUAAAGCUCAUUAGUUUAAGGAAACGCCAAGUUUCCCAAGAUCUAGAGUUCCAGCUGAGAAAGGACCUAGAGAAUCGAGGGAGCACAGUCAGGCAGAAACUUCAGGAGGCAGGAAAUUUGUGCAGUUACAGGAUUAAAUCUUUCAGAUUUAACAAUGAGUAUUUGGAUUUAACGUGUUUCAGGGACAUGAGAGAAUCGUUCACACAGGAAUACCGGCACAAAGCAGAGGAACUUGCUCAUUCUUUAAUGGACAAGUGCCAGCGUUAUAUCGAAGAGAAGGUGAGUUCCAAAGUGGACUAUGAUGAGACCUACGGCAGAGAACUGCUGCAGAUGAUCAACGAGCGGCUUCAGCAGGAGGAUGUGCCAAACCUUCACACUAACGCUUGCUUUGAAGUUGAUCUGAAACUUCAUAUUUUGGGGGAGGCGGCCUGCGCAUUCCAGGAGAUGCAUGAAAACUUUAUCAAAGAAAAUGAUCCCCAGGAACGGCUGGAGAAACUGAAACCUCAGUAUUUGUCCACGUUUAUAAACCAUUACCUGGAAAAGGAUCCCUGCCAGCAGAGAGCCAGGGAUUUCUGUGAGCUCUGUCUCAAACCUGCCCUGGCAGAACAUGUUAACAAAAGACUGGGAAUCAGGAUAGUAGAUGACCUUUCCAAAAGUGAGAAGUCUAACAGUUACCGCAGCCGGGCCUCCUUCCAGUUCUCUGUGCUGCAGAAGCUGCUGGACAAGAUGGACUUUGACAACUACAAGAAAUACAUUAAUGACUAUGAAAGUUUUGUCCAAGCAGUGAUAUGGAGAGACAUUUCAGAUCACUAUGGAAACAGAGAAAGUAUUGACGCUCUCGAAGCAGAGAUCCUUUCUGCCAUCAUCAAGAAAGUCAGAGGAGCUCUAGAGAUGGCAACCGAUGGGGGAACUAGCACAGUCUCUGACUUUGUAGCAAAGGUUUGCAGCCUGUUACAGAAAGACCUCGUCCUCCCCAGAGACAGUUUGGAAACGAUCCUCUUCCAAUUUACAGCCAGUGCUGAUACCAGCCAGUUUUCUGCUGACAUUCAGGACUCUCUCUCUGAGCUGGAGCAGAACCUGGCAUCACAAUUUAAAGCUGUGAACAUAGAGGAGAAACUCUCCAAGCUCCAGGUGAAGCCCCAGGAUGAUCUGUUCAAGAGAGUGUUUGGCUGUGGGAAGCAGUGUCCAUUCUGCGGAGUCCCCUGUGAAGCAGAAAGCCCAGCUCAUACGGAGCACUUUGCACCAGUACAUCGGCCCCGGGGACUGAGGCGACGCAGGGAUCACAUCACAAAAAUACUUGACUAUUCGUUAUGCUCCUCUGAUGUGGUCUCUAAUGCUUUCUUUAGCAAUUCAGAUACAAAUAGGAAACUGGUUCCCUUCAGAGAUUACCGCCAGCAUUACCCAGACUGGCUCAUUCAACCAGACCCCAGCAGUGAGGCUUCCGAUUACUGGAAGUUUGUUUUUACAGAGUUCUGGGACCAGUUUGCCAGACAGUAUGAUACUAAACCAGCCCAUCUCCCUAAAGACUGGGGCAAAAUAACCAAGGAGCAGGCCCUGGAGAGCAUAAAGGCAGUGUAUAACAUGCAAUAAUGCAGUACAGACACUUCUUUCAGAGCCAUCCGCCACUCAGCAUUAUCCGUGGAAAUGUGGUGGAGAAUAUUCAGCCAAUCUCAUCAGCCUGCCUAACCUAUCCCACAGCUCCUUACCUUUAACACCCGGGGAAUCCUCCUUCUUGGACCACGGUAUGGAAAGGCGGCCUGGGCCAUUAACCCUUUGGGUGGGUAUUUUGCAAUUCAAAGGAAUCUUGGAAUGGUCGGCAGACAGAGGGAUGGUUUAACCCAAAGUCCCCCUCUCUGGGUGCAGUUCCUGUGUAGCAUCUUCUUUCUCUAGGGAGUUUCUCCCUGCGUGUUCCACACCAAUGACCCCUCAUGGUGAGCCUAAGUCCCCUUCAGAAAACAGUUCCUUGGGCCUUGUCUUCACUGAGAAAACAGGUGUGUUUUCAACUCAUGUUAAACUACCUCAUGUUUAAAACAAAGCAGUCAGAGUCUUACCUGUUCUAGCUAAGUUCCUCCCUAAGGCUAUUAUACACCACAGACUAGGGGUGUGAGUCACCUGCUUGUGUACACAUAUUUGCACUAGUUCUCAUCACACUAAUGCACGUAUAAAUGGCUGUGUAGCUGCAGUAGUACAGGUUUAGCCAUGCUAAGUAUGUACCCGCCAGUUUCAGGAGGGUUUGUACUCAACAGGGAAAUGGUGCCCCUAAUUCGUAGUGUAGACAUAAUCUAGGAUUGACUCCUACCAGCUCACAUGUUAAAAUACGAAUUGCCCUGUGUGACAAAGUGAGACUUUCUGUGAUAUUUUUAUGAUUUCUAUGUGCCCCUCAGUACUUUGGAUUGUUUCCCAUUGUGACCCAGGGACCCCUGGCUGCCAGAGGAAUUUACAGGGAUCCCUUGGGUCUGAUGUCUACAUAAUAUUGCAGCAAAAGGUAGCGUGUGAGAUGUCUACCAACAGCCAGUAACAUGCUGUUGUCAUAAUCAUUGCGAGAUGUACGUAAGGAUAUUAUUAAAAAAGUUAUGUAUCUCUACCGAAAACAAGGUUCUUAAGGUAUGCACGGUGACAGGUCACCAGAAGGUGAGAAACAAGUUCUGUUCCAGCAGAUGGGGAGACACCUUUCUCCCCGGCUGACCAUUGUGGGUUGUGUGUUUUACAAUGUGAGGCUAUUUGCAUACAGAGCCACCAGGUAACCAACACUGCAAAGUCGUCAAGAGAUCACAAGCUCCACAGGAAGGAACGCACAGCAGUUUAUGACAAGAGCAAGGAAUAAGCUGGUAUAGCAGGAGAAUAGAAGGAGACACACGGUGUCCUUCACCUGGGGACAAGCAAUCAGUGUGCUUGUCUGAUGAACAGAAAGUCACGGCCGUUAAAUGCUGGGAGAAAGACUUUGGAUGAGCUGACCUCUAUGGAGCAGGAGGGUGUCCUGUUAGUUAAGUCUAGACUCCAGGAGACGUAUCAUGAUUUUGUUUUACAUGUAACCAAUUGUUAACACUACUUCUGCCUACUUGC